AUGGAGACUUCAAAAUCACAUAGUAAGUACACAAAAGCAAAGCCUUACAUAGGAGUCAUACUUCUACAAUGUGGGUUAGCAGGAAUGGAUAUUCUCUCAAAGGUUGCACUUAACCAAGGAAUGAGCAAUUAUGUUCUUGUUGUCUACCGCCACGCCGUAGCUACCAUCGUUAUCGCGCCAUUUGCUAUUUUACUCGACAGGAAGAAGAGGCCUAAGAUGACAAAAUCAAUUUUUAUGAAGCUAUUGCUGCUCAGUUUGCUUGAGCCUGUUAUUGACCAAAACUUGUAUUAUUUGGGAAUGAAGUACACGUCAGCAACCUUUGUAGCUGCACUGGUGAACGUUCUCCCAGCAAUUACUUUUGUAAUGGCAUGGCUACUCAGACUUGAAAUGGUGAAUUGGAAGAGUACACAUAGUCAAGCAAAGAUAGUAGGAACAAUAGCAACUGUAGGUGGAGCUAUGAUGAUGACGCUGGUUAAAGGCCCUCUUGCUUUUCAACCGUUUUGGUUCAAACAUGGCGGCAUAACUUAUGAUCAUGCUGUGACACACAAUGAUAUUAGUCUUCAUGCUGCCAUUAAAGCCUCCAUUCUUGUCACCAUUGGUUGUUUUAGUUGGUCUGCUUUUCUCAUUCUUCAGGUGAUGACUUUGAAGUCUUAUCCACGUGAACUAUCUAUGACUGCUUGGAUAUGUGUCAUGGGAACACUAGAGAAUGCUGUUGUUGCCCUUAUCAUGGAAAAGGGAAGAUCUUCUGUUUGGGCAAUUGGAUGGGAUGCCAAUUUGUUGGCUGCAGUAUAUAGCGGCAUAUUUUGUUCGGGACUAUUAUAUUACGUGCAAGGCGUUAUAAUGAUAGAAAGAGGCCCAGUCUUCGUCACCGCUUUCAAUCCUUUGUGCAUGGUCAUUGUUGCUCUUUUAAGUACCAUCUUUAUGGCCGAAAAUAUGUAUCUAGGAAGAUUAAUAGGCGCAAUAAUUAUCGUAGCAGGCUUGUAUAUGGUAUUAUGGGGAAAAGGGAAGGACUAUGACAGAUCGUCUCCUAUCAUUAAAAUGCAAGUAAUGUGUUUGUUGUAUUAAUAAAUCAUAAAUGCAAUAAUCCAAGAAAGGUUGGCUAAUGUUUA